AUGGCAACUCAAUCUGCCUUGAUGGCUCCACUGGGACUGUGGCAGUACGUGGAAGAAAACAUGCAGCCACCUCCUCUUGGACAUAAUCCUAUGUUGAAUCAAAUGAGGUUGCAUGAGGAAGAAACAGCCAACGCACCGAGAGCUCUCUCUCACAUACAUGUAGCUGUGACUGACCUUGUAUUUGCCAGGAUCAUGGCAUACGAAAACCCCAAAGAAACAUGGGAUAAAUUGAGAGAAGAGUACAUGGGAAGCACUACAACAAGGAAUAUGCAGGUGCUUAAUCUAAGGAGAGAAUUUGAGAUGCAAAGGAUGCAGGAAAUUGAAAAAGUGAAGGAUUAUGUUGAUAGACUGAUGAAUGUUGUCAACAAAAUCAGGCUAAUGGGAGUGGAGUUGACAGAUCGAAGGGUUGUGGAAAAGGUCUUGAUCACAUUGACUGACCUUGUCCAUGCUCUCCAAGCUCAAGAGCAAAGAAGGCUCUUGAGGCAAGAAGACACUAGUGAGGGUGCAAUGGUUGCAAGCGACAAAGGCAAACAUGCACAAGGACAAACAAGGAAGUAUGCUAGAGAUAGAAAGAGGAAAGAGAAGAGUAGUAACCAAUGGGAAAAGCCUGGUGGAGUGAAAGAAUUUCCAGCCUGCACUCACUGUAAAAAGAAAGGGCAUCCGGAGAGAAGAUGCUGGUUCAGACCUGGUAUACAGUGUAGGAGCUGUAAGCAAUUCGGGCAUAUUGAGAGAGUUUGUAAGAACAAAGGAAACCAACCAACACAGCAAGCAAAAGUUGGAGAAGGAUCAGCAACAAUGUGA